CAAAAAAAAAAACAAUUAUAAAAUCAAAAAAUUCAAAUAUUUUAAAGCUACAAUACAAAAAGUUUUAAAAAACAAACAAAACUUGAUUUAGAAAAAAAAAAAAAAUUUGAAUUAAACAAAAAUUUUUAAAACUUUAACGGAAAUUUAUUGUGUCUUAACAAUAGUACAGUGACAUUAAAACAAAUCAUUGAUAUUUUGCGAAGCUGUUUGAAAUAAAAUCUUUCAAAAUUCCGCCCUCAUUGAAAAGAAACUUUUCCAAAACGGAGACCUUUAGAGGACCUAUGUCAGUGCUAAACUAUUUAUUAUUGAUCUUUAAUCAAAAUAACGCGCCCACGAGGACUCAUCAUAAUCUAGAAUUACUGAACUCUUUUAUAACGUAACCCUUAGUGAAAGUUUUACAACUUACAAAACUACAAACAACUGCAACAACGAUUUUUUUUUUUAUAAAUUAAAUAUUAAAUAACAACAACUCCUUCAAGCUGCUGCUGCUGCUGAGAAUUCCCCUGCUGCUUCUUAAAAUUUACACCAGAAAUUCUAAACAACUAAAAAUUAUCCAA